CAGCGUCUACCUCUGCGGCUACCACCAAGGGCUGGCGCAGCGCCUGGCCGAGGUGGUCCAGAAGACCAUGACCGUCUCUGACCUGUACUUCGUCUUGGACUGGAAUAGCAACAUCUACCAAAGGGAGGUGCUGGGCCGAAGUGAGAUUGCUCCUCUGGUCAACAAGGUCCGGGAGCUGGGCCCGCUGCUGUCCCCCGAGACCCGGCUCAGCCUGGAAGAGGACUGCAUUGCGGCCGUCAAGGUGUUAAGGACUCACACGGACAAAGCCCCCCAGAUCACGGCGGACUUCGGGAGAAGGAUGUCUCAGUGCUGCCUGUCCUGCCUGGCGGAAUUCCUGCAGAGUUUCCAGAGGAAGGUGGAGAAGUUCCACGAGGGGCAAGCAGAGUGCAGCCUACCGGCCGACAGCUACACAAGCCGGACGAUCGCCCUCGUCAAUUGCUGCCCACCCUUCCGGAAAUACGUCAGGGACUUGGCGAGAUGCGGUCACCCUGAGAGCGAGACAGCGGAGGGCCAGGCCAACGCCUCUCUGGACAAGGUGACACGGCUCUGCAACCGGGUGCUCACCAACCAGCUCUUUCAGAACCUGAAGCCCUACUUCCACAAGCUGAUGAAGAGGAAGUGGCUGAACAACUCCGAGGCUUUCAACACCAUCAUGGCUCUCCUCUCAGAGCACGCCCAGAAGCUGAAGAAGAUGAAGCCAGAGCCAUACGAGAUGCUGGUGAAAGACUUGCACCACGGGGUCCUCACCGAAUACGUCCGCCCCCUGAUGCGAGUUCGGAUCAUCUGCACGUCCUCAAAGAUGAGAUCCAAAAUGGCAGCCAAGUUGCGCAGUGAGGCCCAACAGCUCCAGGAGUUCUUCGCCCAGCUGAAAUCCACCUCCUCCUGGCUGGACGCCGCCGUGCCGCACUUGGCCGGGAUGAUUGAGCUAGAAGACACGCCGGCCAUCCAGAUGGAAGUGGGGUUCCUCGCCAAGGCCUUCCCCGACAUGCAGAAGAAGCACGUGUCGGCUCUCCUGGACGUGCGGGGCCUGCAGAACCAAGUCCAGCGCCAGUCCAUUCUGGCGGUGAUGGAGGCCCUCGAGCAGACCGAGGAGGAGGACUCCCCCUGCCAGGACCGGGUCUUCUUCUCCAGGAUCCCCACCAGCGAAGUGUCCUGCGUCCGAGUCAAGCUGCAGCACCUUUCGCACGUGGGGCACUCCUGCCUCUCCCGCCUGCGCUGGAGGCCCCGGCAGCGGCGGCAGUGGCAGCGGCGAGCCAAAGAGAACGAGGCCGAAUCGCAGGUGUGAGAACCUGUGGCCCGCCCGCGCCUGGUCUUCCGUGCAACCUCCGGGGUCCGCUGGGCAGGCGCCCGGAGCCCCUACCGCUUCCUGUUCCCAGAGGACUCUGUGCUGGGGAUGUGGACUCUCAUACCAGACAACCCUCUCUUCUCUCAGCCUCUGUUGCUUUCCCGCUUCUCCCCUCCCCACGGAGCAUCUUUCCGUGGCCAAGAAUGACCACAGCCACAAUGUAAAU